GAAAUCUCACUGAAUCCUUUUCUCCAAAAAUCACUUUUCCUUCACAGAUGAAAAUCUCUAUCAAAAUCACUUUUUCUGAAAUCACUUUUCUCCAUCGAAACUGUUGUUUUCCGAUCAAAAUCACUAUUUCUCCGUCUUCGAAACAACUGCUUCUCCUUCAUCAACUGAAAAUCAAGGCUUCUCUGUUAUUGAUCGAAAUCCCUACCGUCUCCUUCAUUGAUUGAAAUCAGUGCUUCUCCUUCAUGGACCGAAAUAUCUAUUUCUCCUUCUUCGUUGGAAAUCACUGCUUCAACUUUUUCUUCGAAAACCGCUGCUUCAACUUUUUCUUCGAAAAUCGCUGCUUCAACUUUCGAAUUAGUUACUUUACCAUUCGAAAUCACUCACGCAUUUCUCAAAACCUAAUACUUGAGUUCGUUGUUGCGGAAUCUCUUUUCGAUAUUCGCUACAAGGAUGCAUUUUCUCGGAUCGACACAAUCGAUAUUCUUUUUUAGUUAUUUUAAGAUAAGACUAAAGGUUGAAGCUGUAAUUCCUUUUGAUUGCUACAAAGAAUACAAAGAACUUCAAUUACAUGGAAGCAACUCUCAUUUAAGAUCUCCAACAAGGCAUGUUUCUGAGUUACUCACAAAUGCUUCUUGGAUUAGGCAUUGGCUGCUCUCAUGUGCAAACGUAGAGUUUUUCUGUCAGAAACUGCUUUGCAUGCAAGGAUCUAUGCAUGAUUAGCCAUGUGCAUUGUGCUGUAAUACUCAUACUUCUGAGUGUCACGUUGGAAGUAGAACAACAAAAAUGCUACAUGAAGCAACCGAGUAUAUUAAGAAAUGUUUAGGAGGAGGAGAAGACGAAGCACUCAUUUUAUGCGGUUCGGGCACAACCGCGGCGAUCAAGAGGCUACAAGAAGUAAUGGGAAUUGCAGCCCCUUCUAUUAUGAGGGAGAGGAUGUUGAGGUGCCUUGAUGAAGAAGAAAGAUGGGUGGUUUUUGUUGGACCUUAUGAGCAUCAUUCAAAUUUACUUUCAUGGAGGCAAAGCUUGGCUGAGGUUGUAGAGAUUGGACUUGAUGAUAAAGGAUUGCUUGACAUGGAAGCUUUAAAGAUGCAACUUGAAGGUUAUAAAGAUUCUAAUAGACCAUUGUUGGGAUCUUUCUCUGCUUGUAGUAAUGUUACCGGAAUUUACUCGGAUACGCGCGCGAUUGCUAGGCUUCUCCAUCAAUACAACGGAUUUGCAUCUUUUGAUUUUGCAGCAAGUGGUCCUUAUGAGGAGAUCAAGAUGAGAUCAGGGAAGGUUGAUGGGUAUGAUGCUGUGUUUAUCAGUCCACAUAAGUUUCUAGGUGGUCCUGACUCUCCUUGAGUGCUUUUGAUGAACAAGGCUUUGUAUCAUUUAAGAUCUUCACCCCCAUCUACUUGUGGAUGUGGAACUGUCAAUUACGUCAAUGGAUUCAAUGAAAAGGCCAAUGACAUCCUCUUCAGACUCAUGGAUGAAGGAUUACACUAAAGCAAUGAAACUCGCCGAUGAAGUGAAUAUUUUAGGCCAAUUGCAAUCCCUUUUAUCAAAGGUCCCUAUAAGGUGAGUAUUCAUCUAGUGUUUUACAUAAAUAAUGGCUACUGUAAUUUGUUGCUUAAUUCUUGCUUCUACAACUUAGUUAUUCCACUACUAUUAUAAUGAAUGAGUUAUUAAGGUAAUCUACUUUAACUCCUCAUUUUUGUUCUACACUAUGUUUUGAGUUAUAGUUGAUGGAAAGUAAACAACCAAAAUAGAUAAUUUGUUAUGAAGUCGCGGAAAUUAUACCUACAUGUUACAUGAAUCCUAUGCAAUUUUAGAACUAAACAACACUAUCUUACAUUUCCAAAGAUUCUGCUUUGAUAGUCAAUGAUUUGUGUAUGUGUAAAAAAAAGAAGCAGAGAGCUUACAGUUCCUUCACCUUGUCAAUUAGCUUCUUAUAAUGACAAAAAUUGCUUAGGGAUCAUAAUUCUAUAUUCAUGAUAUAUAAAAGGGUUAAAUACGUUUUUAGUCCCUAUAAAUAAGGGACCCUGCACUUUUAGUCCCUCUAAAAAAUUUCUUAGAAAAAAGAUCCCUACAAAAUUAGACGUCACGUAAUAUAGUCCCUCCCGUUAGUUUUCACUAACGGAGUGUGACGUGGCAUUGUUGACAUGGAAAAAAAGAAAAAUUGAAAUUGCCACACUGGAUAAGGAGAUUAACUUAAACUUAAGUCUAUCAAAUACACAUCUUCAGAAAACAAAAGUCAAAUUCACACUCUCGUUCCCCCCCCCAAACUCUAACCCUAGCUGCGCGUGGUUUUGGUUCUCCAUUGGUGGUCCCAGCUUCUGUGUGCUUCUUAUUCUAUCCUCUGCGUGGUCCCUCGCUCCGGUUGUUGUCUCCUCGUGGUCCCUCACAAUCGUUGCUGUCUCCAUCUUCGUGGACCCAGGUAAUCGCACUUCUCCCAAUUUAGAAUUGUUAGGGUUUCGUAUUAUAUUCACUUCUCUUUAGUUUAUACUUUAUCUGAAGUCAACCUAAAACUGUUAGUAAUAUGUAUUGGUCAGGAAAUGAUUACGUUUAAGGUAGUGUUUUAUAUAAAAGGUUGUUUCGUGAAAGACCCAGAGAUUAGAUACGAAGGUGGGACUGUAAUUGGGUUUAACAACCAAGACAUAGAUUAUUGGUCGUUUUAUGAAGCACGUGACUUAGUGAAAACCAUUGAACCUGACUUUGAUGAAAAAACUGUUAAGAUGUGGUGGAAACCUGGAAAUGGUAGUUUUGAAGAAGACAUGUUGCCAUUUAGGGAUGACUCAGAUGCUGCUGAGUUAGUGAUGUUUGUUGUUGGAAAUAACUGUGAUGCUGAGAUAUUUUGUGAACCACAACCUGAAGAAGGUGGUAGUACCUUUAUGGAUAGGAUUAGGGAGAAGGGGAAGGGCAAAGCAGAAAAUGAGAAUAAUAGUGAGGAUGAAUCAAGUGAUGAAUCAGUAAGGGAUGUGCAUUUUGAUGAUAGUGAGGAGGAAAGAAUGAAGGGUUUUGCUGAAGAAAUGGAUGAUGUGGUGAAUGGAAAUUCUGCUGAGCAUAUAAAUCAAGAAAAUGGGGAAGCAAAUCCUGGUGCAGCAAGUCAACAAGUUAACAAAAUUAGUAUCACAGAAGAAAUGGGGAAGCAACAUGUCAUUGAAGAAGAAUACAUGACAGAUGAGUUGGAUAGUGGGGCUGAGGAUGAUAGUUCUGAUGAAAGGACAUGUGUUAUAAGGUUCAAUGAGGAAGAUAAAUUGAGCAAGGAUUAUGUCUUCAAAGUAGGAAUGGAAUUUCGUUCAUUGAGACAGUUUAAGGAUGCCAUACUUGAGCAUAAUGUGCUAAAUGGAAGAGAUGUGAAGUUUGAGAAGAAUGAUUCUAAUAGAUGCAGGGUUGUUUGCAAGGACAAGAAAAAGUGUAAUUAUACAGUAUUGUGUAGUAGGGUGUUAACAUCCACAACUUUUAGGAUAAAGACACUAUUUGCAAAACAUAAGUGUGGGAGAAAGUUUUUUAACAAAAGUGCUAAGGCAGAAUGGGUUGCUAAGGUUAUUGUAGAUGGUUUGAAGAACAACACUAAGAUGAAACUGAAUGAGGUAGUUGCUGAUAUUAGACAAAGGUAUUCCACUGAAAUUCCAAGGUGCAGGGCAUUUAGGGCAAGACAAAUUGCAAGACAAAUAGUUGAGGGGGAUUCAAGCAAACAAUUUAGUAUGUUGUGGUCUUAUGGUGCUGAGUUGAGAAGGGCUUCAGCAGGCAAUACAUUCAAAAUCAACACUACUUCAUUUGCCCCAGGAUUGAAGCCUAGGUUUGAGAGGUGUUACAUAUCCUUUGAUGGGACCAAGAAAGCAUUGACAAAGGCAUGCAGGCCCUUUAUUGGAUUGGAUGGAUGCCAUUUGAAACACAAAUAUGGUGGUAUUUUACUCAUUGCAGUGGGCAGAGAUCCAAAUGACCAAUAUCUUCCUGUUUCUUUUGCUGUAGUUGAGAGUGAAACAAAAGACUCUUGGAUCUGGUUUAUGAAGUUACUUAUUGAAGAUAUUGGAGAUGGCAGAUGGUGUUUCAUAUCUGAUCAACAGAAGGGACUGGUGCAAGUGUUUGAAGAGGAGUAUCCAGCUUAUGAGCACAGAUUUUGUCUAAGACAUUUAUAUGCAAACUUCAAAAAAAAGUUUGGUGGAGGAACUUUGUACAGGGAUCUCAUGAUGGCAGCUGCCAAGGCUACCUAUUUUGAGGCACAUGAAGCAAAGAUGCUUAUGAUCAAGGAGGCCAAAUUGGAAGCUUAUGAGUGGUUGGAGGCAAUUCCCAAGAACAAAUGGUGUAAGCAUGCUUUCCCUUUUUUCUCAAAGUGUGAUGUGUUAAUGAACAAUUUGAGUGAGUCUUUUAAUGCAACCAUUUUAUUGCAAAGGGACAAGCCAAUUAUUACAAUGCUUGAGUGGAUUAGGAAUUAUUUAAUGGGGAGGUUUGCAACCCUUAGAGAAAAAGUAGAUGGAUACAAUGGUCAAAUAAUGUCUAAACCAUUAAAGAGAUUAGAUAGAGAGAUUGAGAAGAGUGCUAGUUGGACAGCAACAUAUGCUGGUAGGUAUUCAUUUCAAGUUACCCAUGUACUCUUUACUGACAGCUUUGUAGUUGACCUUGAGAAACAUACAUGUAGUUGUAACUUUUGGGAAAUAGUUGGGAUACCAUGUAGACAUGCAGUGGCAGCCAUAUAUAGGAAGGUGGAUGACCCAGUGAGUUAUGUAAACAAGUGCUAUCACAAGAGUACCUAUGAGGCAUGCUAUAAUGAAGUCAUCACCCCUUUGAAUGGCCAGAACAAAUGGCCCAAAACAACUCAACCUGAUAUGUUUCCACCACUGUACAAACGUGGUGCAGGGAGGCCCAAAAAACUACGUAGGAGAGAAGCUGAUGAGGUUAAUCAGAAUAAAUGGCAGAGAACUAAUACUAGUCAUAGAUGCAAAGUUUGUUUUGAACUAGGUCACAACAAAAGGACUUGCAAGAAAAACAAGCAAAUUGUUGCCAUAGGUGUCCCAACAAAUGUACCAAUUGAAGAGGGUCCAACAAGUGGUGUCCAAGCAAAUGUGCAAAAUGAAGAAGUUCCACCUAAUAAUGUGAUAACUACUGAGGAUGUGCCUACACAGGCCAGUCAAACUGCCCAAGCAAAUGUGGCAGCAAAAAAAGAGCAUAAGGCUAAGGGCAAAGCUUCAAAAAAUGCCAAGUCUAGAACAAGUGGUACAACACAACCAUCAAACUCUUCACCUGUUGAUAAGUAUUAUGAAUGGGAUGCUGAAACACUAGAAGCCUUGCUGGAUUGGGAUGAUAUUUUGGACAUUAGGCCUUUGAGUGUGGAUUCUGCACCCAUCAAGAAAAAGGAUGCUCAGCCAACAAAGGAUAAAGAACCAGUUGUUGCUGCCAAUGAUUUUGGACCAUCUACUGCAACUACUGCUACAAAGGCCAGGGAUGGACCCAAAAUUUUCUUUGGCCCAGCUCCAAAAAAGCCAAAGAACAAACCACUCAAACAACAUGUAGGUGCAUCAUCUGUUGGACAGGUUCCUCCUAAACCACCUACAACAUCUUCAGCACAAGUGCAGCCCAAAGCAAAAAAAAGUAAAAGUGAUAUGGAUGUGGCAAAAAGGCAAAGUGAUGGACUCAGAAGCCUCAAGACAAAGGCUAUUCCAGGGCCAGGGAAAAAACCAGAUGAUCCAUUGGUGAUCGUUGAGGAGGAUGAAGCAACAGAGGAUUCAACAAGUGGUGUCCCCAAGAUGAAGAAAUGGGAUGACAUCUACAAAGGCUUAACUCAGUGACUCAAUUUGUUUUUGUUGAUUUUGGAAACUAUUUUUUUGUAAUCAACUGCUUUGUUUGUUAUGGUGCUGCUUGUUAUGGUUAUUUACCAUCUUUUGAGACA